AAACAACCCCCCAAAAUAAAUAACACCAACAAAUAACACACUGACGCCGGCGACCUUCUGGAAAGAACUAGAAACUAGGAUAGGAUUUUUUAUCCCCCAUUGAACGAAUCGAAACGACGCGACGCCGUUUAAUCGCUUCCUACCUGUCAACCAUAUUGCUCACUGAAUACAACGUCGUUGCAAACUUACAACCGACAUUAUGAGUAUAAAUGACUGGAGUGACAACGCCCUGACUGAUCAUCUCAACGAUGAGUGGGAUGACGAGUACUACCCCAACCUUCCUCGGCCUCGCUUCCGCAGCCCUCAUCGGCACAUGGAAAGAUGGUCACACCCUAAAGAAGAAACCAAGCGCCAAGAUGUGAGCCAACGCGUGGAAAAACCGAGGAAGUUUCCGUCGGUUUCGGUGCUCAACAUUGGCCACUCGAACAAGUUUGAGAAAACUGGGGAUAUGUUUGCCAACUGCACUGUCACCUUCAUCAAGGGCUUGAAGUUCAACAUUCUGGUGGAUACGAUGACCGCCUGGGAUGGGGCUAAGCUUGAGCGGAUGCUCAAGGAAAUUAAACUCCACCCCGAUGACAUUCAUUAUGUGGUCUGCACUCAAGGCCACUCGGACCACACUGGCGGUAACUACUUGUUCCGAAACGCCUUCCACAUUGUGGGCACCACCAUGAGCCACGGAGAACGCUUCAUGACUUCCCCUCUGAAUGAUGGCAAGGAGUUCCUCAUCGAGCCGAAGGUGAAGGUCAUCUGCACUCCUGGACACACUCUGGACAGUGUGACUGUCCUCGUUGAUACUGGAAAAGAGGAGAAAGGGCUGGUCGCAAUCACUGGCGACCUCUUCGAAAGGGAGGCAGACAUUGAGUUCCCAAAACUUUGGCGCGAGCUCGCGGGAAGUCAAAAUCCUGAAGAGCAGGAGAAAAAUCGCAAGAAGAUUCUGGAGAUGGCCGACUUCAUCGUUCCAGGACAUGGACCCAUGUUCCAAAAUAUCUACAAGAACAUAACAGGUGCAGGUGGUACUGGUCCAUCCGCUUCUCACUAAUAUUAAGACUAAUCUCAAAUAAGACUUACACGUAAAGCUGACUGAAACAAACUUUGGGAAACCAGGAAUGAAGAUCAGACUGAUUUUUUUUAGUUUAAUAUGUCAAUACUCCAUGACUGCUAAAUAUACCACGUACAAUUCCCUUCUUUAUAGGAGAAAUAUUUUGCAUACAAAUUUUAAUGUUUGGUUUCCUAACAUCAAAUCUUUAUUAUUUUCUGUUCAAACAUGCAUGAUUAUUUUGUAAGAAACAAUAGAAAUGUACCCUAGGUUGUGAAGGCGUAUUAGCACCAACAGCCACAAAAUCAUAAAAUAUAACAAUAAAUUUCUUAUGUAGUUUUCAACAGAG